UAGCUGUACGUAGUUAUUGUGGUAUAUCAUGAAAAAUAUCAUUAUAAACUUAGAUAUUUUGCUAAGAUGAAAAACGAUCUCUCCGUAAAUUCCCCUAUCGGCUUAUCCUCAUCAAUGAUGUCAACUGCCGGCUGAAUCCAUUUGUUGGACCUUGUUCCUCUCUCUUUCAUCCAUCAGAAGUUUUCCGCUUGCCAUCCUUUUCUCUACUUGUAGCGCGGUGGUUACAACCGGGGUGCUCCGUAAUCACAUUCAUGAGAAUCGCAAGCCCCACAAUUUACACAUGCGCCGAGUCGACCGCUCGCGUUUUACGCGUCACAAAUAUUCGUACUUUGACGUCAAAUCCUCGUGUCUAGUUUCGGAUAUCGUAAAAAUGUUAACUGAAAGUGACUCAGGCUUAUAACGAACGUACAAGAAUAAGAAGCUUUCGUAUUGCACUGUAGCUUUACACGAAUCUCAAAGCCACGUGAGGUUUAUUAUCAGUGUUUGUGAUUGAUUUUUGCGGCAUGGGUGAAGAAACUCAAGCCGAUGGAAAAGUAACGCUGAAACGUAAAAUUACACUGUUUAAUGGUGUCGGAAUAAUUAUAGGGACGAUUAUUGGCUCUGGAAUUUUUAUAUCUCCGACUGGGGUUUUCCGUGAGACGAAAUCAGUAGCGGUAUCGCUGAUAAUAUGGCUAGUCUGCGGCUUGUUGUCGACACUAGGCGCACUUUGUUAUGCAGAACUCGGCACCUCGAUCUCAAGAUCGGGCGGUGACUAUGCCUACAUCUACACUGCCUUUGGACCUCUUCCUGCUUUCCUGAGGAUGUGGAUAGCACUGCUGAUCAUCAGGCCAACGACGCAGGCGAUCGUGGCGCUCACAUUUGGCCAGUAUGUGGUGAAACCUUUCUUCCCCGACUGUGAACCUCCGCAAAAUGCUGUGAAACUGCUCGCGGCCGUGUGCCUAUGCGUGUUGACUGCGAUCAACUGCAUCAGCGUGCGAUGGACGAUGCGCAUACAGGACGUGUUCACCAGCUCCAAGCUACUCGCGUUGAUCGUCAUCAUCAUAUCUGGGAUCUACUACAUUUGUGUUGGUCACACGGAAAACUUCGUCGAUCCAUUCGAAGGGCAGUACAGUGCAGGAAGCAUUGCGUUAGCUUUCUACUCGGGCCUCUUCGCUUUCGGGGGCUGGAACUACCUUAACUUCGUCACUGAAGAACUCCAAGAUCCGUACAAGAAUCUCCCGCGCGCGAUAUGGAUCGCAAUGCCAAUGGUGACCAUUAUCUACGUGAUGGCAAACUUGGCCUACUUCGCUGUCGUCUCGAAGAUGGAAAUGAUGUCGAAUCCAGCUGUGGCCGUGAUAUUCGGUGAUCGACUCUUCGGCGGUUGGAGCUGGAUGAUUCCAGUGUUCGUGGCUUUGUCUACUUUCGGAGGCGUGAACGGCGUGUUGUUCACGUCCGCUCGCCUGUUCGCGACCGGCGCACAGGAGGGCCACAUGCCGGGCUUCUUCACGCUCUUCCACAUCGACAAGCAGACGCCGAUCCCUUCGCUUAUGUUCACUUGCUUCUUUUCAUUGCUAAUGCUGACCAAUAGCAACGUGUUCGAUCUCAUCAACUACUUUUCACAAACCUUGUGGCUGUCUGUCGGAGCAUCGGUGGUCGGCAUGUUGUGGCUACGUCGGACCAAGCCCGACAUGUCACGGCCAAUCAGAGUCAAUCUCGCGAUACCGUACGUCUUUCUCAUAGCCAUCGCCUGCUUGGUCCUCAUUCCAGCCAUCACUAAUCCUAAAGACACCGCCAUUGGCUUAGCUAUACUGUUAUCUGGGAUACCAGUAUACUACGUCUGUGUCAAAUGGAAGACAAAGCCUGAUUGCUAUGACACUUUCUCAGGGUCUAUUUUAAGGUUCCUCCAAAAACUGUGCUCUUGUAUUUAUGUCGACUCGCCGGAAAAGUUAUCUGAAGUAAAAUAAGAAUAUCUAAGUAUUUGAUAUAUGAACAUAUUAUAAUAUGUACGCGUAACUGAUUUUGAUUGUAAGUUGUAACAUCGGAUCCACACUCUCCCGAGACAGUGCGAGGCAGUGCAAGACGUGCGGGACUGUGGUCGUAUGGGUGCCUCGUCUCGCUUUUGGUCUGUGACGUGAUGAGAUGGGAGUUGGUAUUUUUCUGAAGUAUUAGUGUGCGCAAAACAAAUAUGUAGUUCUAUCUGACCGCGAGGCCUAUGACUACGUAUUGUACAAAAGAGAUUUCAGCUGGGUGUGUGUAGGUAUUUAAUAUUUAGUCUGUGAUCUUCGCCGACCGCCGCGCCGCCAUGUUUAAUAACCGACUUCGUCCGCGUGGACUACACAAAGGGCAUUGAACCUACCUACAUUCCGCCAUUUUGAAAAAACCUCGUUUCGACGACCAAUAAUAAAAUAUUUGUGUCAACCGAUAGACUAAUUAGUGAUUACAAUCAAAAAGUGUUCAGUGACGAAAUGUUGUAAGUGAUACUCAUACUUUAUGAAAUAUUUGAAUUCAAAAUCGUACGGAAAUAAAUAAAUGCUUAAUUUUUUACGGCUUUAAACUAUAACAUCUAAGAAAGUACCUUUAUCACUUACGAUAUUUCAUCAUCGAAUGCCUUUUGAUUGUACUUUUUGAGUAUUCUGAAUGAGUGCUUUUUUACUGCGUCGAUUGACACGUUUUAUCACUGGCUGCCGAAACGAGGUUUUUUCAACAACAAAAAAAUGGCGACUUGUAACUUGACGAUAAUGUUCAAACCCUUUUCAAACCCCUAUUGCACGCUCUUACGGGUUGAAUUUGCGAUUUACGUCUUAAUAGCUAUCUGCCUGAAAAAUUUCAGCCAGAUCCAUCUUUUAUUAGGGUUUACCAGAUUCGCUAAAAGUUGCUGGAUCCGGUAGGUACCAAAAUGAGUCGGAUCUGCCAGAUUCAGGAUCCGCCGGAUCCAGAUUGCAAUCAGUAGUUGCAACUUCAGAUUGGACUAGGUACUUGUUUUGCGAUCCUUGUAAAAGAAAGAGAGGCACGAUGUACCACACAUCGUAAUAGUUGGGAAAAUAAAGAAUGUGGAUUGGGUAAUGUUUUAUAUUUCGCUUAAGGCGCAUUUCCGAGAGUGUGGAUCAUGAUUUGCACUUAUUUACUUAUUGGCGUCUUUAGCACCAAAAUGUUAAGAGCUUCAGUGGAUAUAGGACCAAUAUACAUAUUGUACUCUAUUGAACCGCGAUUGCGUGUGACUAUGUUAUAGCUUUAAGACUAUUUAUUGAAUGUACUGAUCGUAUUUGAUGUUGUGACUAGGUAAAGAAUAUUGGCUGUUGCUUUCAACCGACCAUAUUUGUUGGAAAAAUGAAUUAUCUUACAGAUUCAUAACAUUUUAGCUAAUUAUAUUAUACCUUUUAACAAAUAUUUUUAGGAAGUAACUGCAAAUUACUUACUUAAUUUAGAUAAAAGUAUAAUUAUUGUGAAUUGUGAACAAUAGGUAUCCUAUUUUUUUACUUUUUAAUGCAUUUUUAUUAAAUGUCGGCUAUAAUGAGAUAUAAAUAAGUAUGUUUUAUUAUUUUACAUAUAGUAGGUAUAUUAAAUAUUUUUGUAUUUUUAGGUACCUAAGCCUCAUCAUUGACCAAUAUCACGGCUCAUUUUUGUCAUUUUUGUGUAAUUUUGAUUUUCUGUUUUAUGAUACAUGUGCGUACUAUACGUUAAGUAUAAUAUAAAAUUAAAUUAUUAUGUAACACAUUGAUUCGUUUGUUCAUUGUAUCAUAAAUAGAACCUGAUUUUUCAUUCUUGACUUGCUUAAAUCUUCCUUAGUUAAAUUUUGAUAAUUGUUGUAAAUUAGUUACAAUUUGGUAUUUAAUUUUUUAUACGAUAUCAUUAAUCAUGAGGUAAGUAUGCGCAUUUUGGUAACGUACGUUUUUAAAGAUAAUAAUAUUAUGGUAUGUUACUAUCUAUAUAAUAAUAUAUUUAUUUAUUCAUAUAUAUACCAAUAACUUAAAACUAAAACAUGUACAAUGAAAAGACGUCUAGGAUCUAAUAUUUGUUCUUUGUAAUGUUAUGUUUUAUGUAUAAGGUAACAUCCAAUGCUCUCUUGAAUGUAAAAUAUUGUUAUAACAUUAUUACUAUAAGUAUAUACAUACCUAAGUAAAUAAUAAUUUUGUAUACUUAAUGCAUAUAUGUAUUAUAAUACCAGCUUAUGCCCGCAACUUUGUCGGCGUGUAAUACAUGCAUUUCAAAUUCAUACCCCUAUUUUACUCCCUUAGGGGUUGAAUCUUGGAAAAUCCUUUCCUAGCGGAUGUCGACGUCCGCCAUAAUAGCUAUUUGCAUGCAAAAUUUCAGCCAGAUCCAUCCAGCGUGCAAUUUGAGCUGCGCGUUGAUAGAUCAAUCAGUCAGUCCGCUUUUCCUUUUAUAUAGUUAGAUUAUACUUAUCCUAAUUAGGUACAUUAAAAGUAAAUAUUCGUACUACAUGUAGCAUAUUCGACCGUAGAUGACCAGGUCCUGGAAUCUCUAUACAAAUAUCUCAUUUUUUUUGUUAAUUCACUACUAGCCCAGAGUUAACAGAGAGCCAUAGAAGUUGGCGGUGUUUAACCACCAUGUCUCGAAGAGCACGUUAAGCCGUCGGGUCCUGCACCUUCGGUCGUGUCGGAUUUCCGUCCCAUCGGGCUAUGAGAGUGAGGGAAUAGAGAGCGCACCUGUGUUUGCGCUCAAUGAAUAAAAGUGAUUGUAGUAGAGUCAGAGUAUAUCAAGUACCUUGGUAUUUACUAAAUGUCUAUACAAAUUAUUAUUUAAUUUUAAUAAAUAACUAAUUAUAAUACGUCUUA